AUGAUGAUGAAAACGCUUUAUCUAGAGGUUCAUCAAAUUACUCGUUCUCUAUAUUCAGAAAAAUUACUUGAUAACACAUGUCAAAUUACUGAUGCUAAUAAUCUUAUAUUUGAACCAUAUGAACGUCAUAUAUCAAAAUUUAUUUUUAAACCAAAUACAUUACAGAAUAUUAAUAAAAAUCAAGCCAAAGUAUUAUUAAUAAAUGCACAAAAUCAACAACGAACUUUAUCAAAAAACACACGAAUCGGAACCAUGUCCCAUGAUGCAACAUAUACUAUAUAUGCAACUACACAAAUUUCAACAACGCAAAAUUCUAUUUUAAGUGAACAUCAUCAAUCAUCAUCUCGACAUUACAAAAAAAUUAGCAACAGAGCUGUCUUAAACACGAAAGACAGCUCGAAUCAAGAAAAAUUAAAUAUCAUUUGUCAUCGUUGCAAUGAAUAUUUUUUAUCUGGAAAUGAUUUACAAAAACAUUUACGAGCAGAAUGUUAUUCCGAACAGAUCAAGAAAGUCAAAUUUCAAGAAACACAAAAGUUAUUAGAACGUGGUCAAAUUGAAGAGUCAACUUCUGUGUGGUCAUCGCCUAUUGUUCUUGUCAAGAAGAAAGACAAAACCAUGCGAUUUUGUAUUGAUUAUAGACGUUUAAAUGCUAUUACGAUUAAAGAUGCAUUUCCACUUCCUCAAAUCGAUGAAAUUUUCGAUCAAUUAUCCGAUAGAAUGUAUUAUACAAAAUUCUGUUUUAAAUCUGGUUAUUUCUAUGUACCUCUAUCUAAAGAGAACUGUCCUAAAAUUGCAUUUUCAACUCGUGACACUCAUUAUCAAUUUACUUUUUUUUUUUUUUUUAUUAGGCUUGAGAAUGUUGCACUUGGAAGUGCUUACAUGUUAAAAGAUGAUUUUUUAGGCUAA